GAAAGAAGCAAUGGCAAGAUUGCCUCAAUGACAAAAGUUGCUUGAUUCUGCCAAAGGGGAACCUUGCUGUCGUCAACCAUCAUAACUGAAGUGUUUUAAGCGUGGUGCAAUGGCGACUGGGAUAUUGAAAGUCAAAGACACGCAAGUCGUGGACAGCAAGGGUAAGCCUGUCAUAUUGCGAGGUGCUGCUAUAGGAGGAUGGCUCAAUAUGGAGAACUUCAUCACUGGCUAUCCCGGUCAUGAAUCAAGUAUUCGUGCUGCCAUGCUGGAGGUCAUGGGCGAAAAGAACUACGACUUCUUCUUCGACCGCUGGUUAUACUACUUCUUCACUGAAGCAGACGCGAAGUUCUUCAAGUCCCUAGGACUCAACUGCAUUCGAAUCCCGUUCAACUACCGUCAUUUCGAAGACGACAUGAAUCCUCGUGUACUCAAGGAGGGCGGGUUCAAGCAUCUUGAUCGAGUCAUCGACCUUUGUGCCCAAGAGGGGAUUUACACCAUCCUCGACAUGCAUACGGUGCCCGGUGGACAAGGUCCUGGGUGGCACUCUGAUAACACCACAAGCUAUGCUGCGUUCUGGGAUUAUAAGGAUCAUCAAGACAGGACGGUUUGGCUCUGGGAGCAGUUUGCUCGACGAUAUAAAGACAAUCCUUGGAUCGCCGGCUACAAUCCCAUCAAUGAACCUUGUGAUCCUAAGCACGUACGAUUACCAGCCUUCUAUGCCAGAUUUGAGAAAGCGAUACGCGCUGUUGACCCCGACCAUAUUUUAUGGCUCGAUGGAAACACCUUCGCAGCGGAGUGGAAAGGGUUUGACACUGUGUUGCCCAACUGUGUCUACUCUCUUCAUGACUACAGCAUGAUGGGCUUUCCGACCGGAAGACCGUACAAGGGCACUUCCGAACAAAAGGAGAGGCUGGAGGCACAGUUCCUUCGAAAGUCAGAAUUUCAGCGCGAGCACAAGACCCCCAUUUGGAAUGGCGAGUUUGGUCCAGUCUAUGCCAAUCCUAAAUGGGACGAAAACGCCGACGCGAUCAACCAGGACCGAUACAACUUGUUAGGUGAGCAACUGCAAAUUUAUGAUCGCUUCCAGAUUCCGUGGUCGAUAUGGCUGUUCAAAGAUGUCGGUCUGCAGGGUAUGGUGUAUACUUCGCCAGAUUCUGCUUGGAACAAACUGGUUGAGCCUAUGCGUGAAAAGAAGAAGCAACUGCAACUGGAUGCUUGGGGAACGUAUCCGUCGAAAGAGGUAGAAGACGUUAUGCAGCCGCUCAUCAAGUGGGUUGAUUCGGUCUCUCCAACGGCCAAGAACGUGUAUCCGUCCACAUGGAAUACGGCAAGACACAUUGAGCGAGCAGUGCUUCAGACUUUCCUGGCUGAGACGUUUCGUCAGGAAUUUGCCGAGCUGUUUCGCGACAAAGAUGAGGCUGCCUUGAAGGAGUUGGCAAAGAGCUUCAGCUUUGAAAACUGUCUUCAGAGAGAAGGUCUGAACAAGAUCAUGUCUGACUAUGCUUCGGUUGCCUCGAAGGCUCAUUGAGGCCGCUAUAGGAAAACAAAUCUGAUCA